UCCAUAGUUUGUGAUUCCUUGAAUCAUUGUCCACAGAGAGAGAGAGAGAGAGAGAGAGAGAGAGAGAGAGAGAGGCAGCUAAAAGCACUGAAAAAGGAACAUAAAUACUAGGAUGAUUUGUGGGAGGCUUUUGCAGGAGGAGGAGGAGCUAUGAAUGUAACGUCAAUAAACAAACGGAGAGAAAGAGAGAGAGAGAGACAGAAUUAAAAUAAAGUAUCAAAGGAAGUCCAAGAAUUGUCUAAUAUUUUUUACCUCCGAUUUCACAUGGCUUCUUGGGCUUCUCUUCUCUCCCACAUUUUUUUGGUGUUUCUUUUCCCUCACAUUCUCUCUCCUCGGUAGUUAGCUCUCUUUCUUUUUCAAUGCCAUUGAAGGCUGUUGACUGAACAGUUAACGGAGAUUCCUCAGAUCUACAGUGAAAGCCUUUCGCUAUUCUCACUCCCAAUUCUUCUUCUUCUUUGGAGGGUGGCCUUUUAUUCAUCCACAAAAGUUGGUGACCUGAUCAGGAACUUCUGGCCAAAUAAAACUGCAGCAUACUUGCUGCAUUGGAUUUUCUCCGUGUUCUAUUAACUCUAUCUCCUGGAAUUGAAAUGUUGCACAAGAUAUAUUUUUGAGAUAGCUGAGAUCCAUAUACUGAAGCGCUAGCCACGGUUCAGUAGCAUUAGAAAGCCCAUCUACGUUUAGACACAAUGGUUCCUGAGAUGGAGAGUGGUCAUAUUGAAGAGAUGGAGAUCGAAGUCCUCCCUUCAAUGUGGCCUGAGGAUAUUGGAACUGAUGCUGGAAAGCAAUUCAAUGUAGAAAAGCCUAAAGGGGAUCAAGAUAUGUUGGAGGAGGUUACAAUCAUAGAUGAUGCAACAAUAGUUGAUUUCAAGCGUCUUUUGGAGCUAACAAAUUACACUGAGACGGGCUCUUCUCAGUUGGCAUACCUUGUUAAGCACUGGGAGUAUAAGCAGGCAAAUGCUGUACGCCUUCUCAGAGAAGAACUUGACAUUCUAAGCAAACAAAGGGAGGAAGUUGAGCUAAAAAAAUUGGAGAUAUUGGAGGAGCAUCGGUUUGAGGAAGAAAGAUAUGGCGGUGAUAAACGUCCAAUUUCUAUACUGGAUGAAGUUUAUGAUCUAUGGCAAGACGUUCCCCGCAGGAAAAAUGAUGUUAUUAUCCAGAAUAAGAGAGUUGAAAUAGAAGCUGAGUAUGAUACAGUUGUAUACUGGAAGCAGCGGGCUAUGCAUUUAGAGAAAUUAUUGGAGGCGAGUAUUCAGAGAGAGCAGAUACUCAUAGAGAAGUUAGAGGAAAGCAUAAAAGAUCUUGAAAGGCAGUCCUCACCUGUGGAAGAAUUGUCCCAGAUUCUGAAAAGAGCAGAUAAUUUCUUGCAUUUUGUACUUCAAAAUGCCCCCGUUGUCAUUGGCCAUCAGGAUAAAGAGUUGCGCUAUCGCUUUAUCUAUAAUCACUUUCCAAGUUUGCAUGAGGACGACAUUAUUGGAAGAACAGAUGUUGAAAUUUUUACUGGAGCUGGUGUUAAAGAAUCUCAAGAUUUCAAGAGAGAAGUACUGGAAAAAGGAUUACCAGCAAAGAGGGAAAUUACAUUUGAGACGGAAUUAUUUGGGUCAAAGACAUUUUUGAUAUACGUGGAACCCGUCUUUAGCAAGGCAGGGGAGACAAUUGGUAUAAAUUAUAUGGGAAUGGAUGUAACUGAUCAGGUAAGAAAACGAGAGAGGAUGGCAAAACUUCGAGAGGAAAUAGCAGUACAAAAGGCCAAGGAAACAGAACUGAACAAAACAAUUCAUAUAACAGAGGAGACAAUGCGAGCAAAACAAAUGCUAGCUACAAUGUCCCAUGAGAUAAGAUCUCCUCUAUCUGGAGUUGUUAGCAUGGCUGAGAUUCUUUCCACCACAAGAGUUGAUCAGGAGCAACGGCAACUGUUGGAUUGCAUGCUAUCUUCUGGAGAUUUAGUUCUUCAACUUAUAAAUGACAUCCUUGACCUUUCGAAGGUUGAGUCAGGAGUUAUGAAGUUGGAAGCUACAAAAUUUCGGCCUAGACAGGUAGUAAAGCAUGUGCUUCAGACUGCUGCAGCAUCAUUGCAGAAAAUUUUGACCUUGGAAGGACAUGUAGCAGAUGAUGUUCCUAUAGAGGUCAUUGGGGAUGUUCUAAGGAUUCGACAAAUUCUCACCAACUUGAUCAGCAAUGCUAUCAAGUUUACUCAUGAAGGAAAAGUUGGGAUAAACCUUUAUGUGGUACCAGAUCCAUCUUCUGUAAAGGGAGAAGGAUGUCAUCAGAAGCUGACUGCAGAUGAGUCCACAUUUUCAGAAAAUGGACGAAAAGAAGAGAAAUGCCUAUCAACAUCUCGAACUACUGGUGAUUGGAAAGGUACCCAUGGUCAAAGACACAUUGAAGGUCCUUGCCAAAAUCAUCCAUCAAGUGAUGAACCUAGAACCCCAUAUAAGAGUAAAGUCUCAGUCGAUAGAGAUAAUGAGGAGCAACCUCAUUCUCCUGAAACAAAAGUGUGGAUACGCUGUGAUGUGUAUGACACAGGAAUUGGAAUACCAGAAAAUGCUUUACCUACACUUUUCAAGAAGUACAUGCAAGUUAGUGCGGAUCAUGCUAGAAAGUAUGGUGGGACUGGACUAGGACUCGCAAUAUGCAAACAACUGGUUGAGCUGAUGGGAGGUCAUCUCACGGUGUCGAGCCAAGAACACUGUGGGUCUACUUUUACGUUUGUACUACCUUACAAGGUUUCAACCACAUCUGAUAAUUCUGAUGAUCCUGAUGAACUCUCAGAUAUGGCUGAUCAUAAUGCAGCAACUGAUGAAGCUACUGAGAGAUUUUUCCAAUUUCAGCCUCGCACUUUGGGUUCACUAUUCUCUUCUAAUGGGUCCAGCAGGACUAAUAUGGGGUAUACUAGGUCACAUAAACUCAAUGGGUUCUCAGACAAUUCUUAUUCAUUUCCAUCUAAUAGUGUCAGAUCAAAGGAGACAGCUUCAGUUGAGGAGGCCUGUUCUGUGGUUGAUGAUGCAGAGACACUACGUCAACCAGAGAGUUCAUCAAGCCAUAGCCCAGACCCUGCUAACCAAGAUGCAGUUUGUAGAGGCAAACUAUGUCAAGAUGACACAAAUUCUCAGUUCCAAAAUCCUAUUAUAGAUUCCACUCAUCACAAAGAAGCAAACAGAGAAGUUGUCGUAGCGGCAAAGACAAGAGAACCCCAAGGAACAUGUCAGAGGCAGGAGAAAUCUGACAUAAGUUCCCGGUGCGUUUCUAACAGCAGUACGGGAGUACCCAAAUCAACAAUAAAACCUAAGAUCCUUCUCGUUGAAGAUAACAAGACCAUAGUAAUGGUGACACAGUCAAUGAUGAAGCUGUUAGGCCAUAGCAUAGAUGUUGUGAAUAAUGGAGUUGAAGCUGUGUGCGCAGUUCAGCAUCAUAAUUACGAUCUCAUUUUCAUGGAUGUUUGCAUGCCAGUUAUGGAUGGCCUUCAAGCUACAAGACUAAUUCGUUCUUUUGAGGAAACUGGUAAUUGGGAUGCUGCAGUGAAGGCAGGAAUCGAACAAGCUGUGUUUUUGGAUUCAUUACAAAAUGAUAUGGGUUCUACACCAUCUGCAAAGCGGAUGCCUAUCAUAGCGAUGACAGCAAAUGCACUGGCAGAGAGUGCAGAUGAGUGUUUGGCAAAUGGUAUGGACUCAUUCGUGUCAAAGCCUGUAACUUUGCAAAAAUUGAAAGAGUGUCUUGCAAAAUAUCUACCAUGAUAUCUCAUGUAAAUUAAUGCUUGUGUAUAAAAAUUAAAGCGUGUUAGGAAAGUUUUGUAACCAAUAUGCAUCAUCAUGUUCUUCUCAACCGUUAGUAUCUCCUCAGAAGCUGUAUAGGUCUAUGUCAUUCUUUUUUUGCCUCUCUCCAAGAGCCUUUAAUACUGUUCUUCUAAGGAUGGGAGGCAUCUGUGAACUUUAGUUAGGAAUUAGUUAGUGAAAGCACAGGCAGAAAGUGUUUUAUGAAAAUAUGCUGUCAUGAAAUAUGAUUGGAUAUGUUGACAGUAAAGUCUUCCUUUUAUAUUCUCAUUGCUAAU